AUGGCAGACCCCCUCUACGAGCUGCUGACCCCCUACCUCGACGCCCAUGCACCGCCCUCGUCCCCCGAUGCCGUCACCAACACGUACCUCGCCCGGCUGACGACGCUCCCGCUCGACGCCCUCACGUCCUCGGAGCCGCAGUCGCUCUCGCAGAGCGCGCAGUCGGUCCUGCGCGCCCUGCAGGCCCUCGCCAAACGCUCCCACAGGCCCAUCAUCGCCUCGGCCGACCACCUGCUGCACCUCGGCCACGUCCUCCCCCACAUCGCCCAGGAGGCAGCGACGGUCCACGCAGCGCUGCCCCGGCUCGAGACGGCCGCCCAGCAGUUCGCAGACAAGUACGGCAAGAGCGCGCACAGCCCCCUGCUGGACAGACGGCGAAAGGCCAUGCUGCUGUCCAGGAACAUCGACCGCGUGGCCGACGUGCUGGACCUGCCAACGCUGCUGUCGUCCGCCAUCUCCUCGUCAGCCGCCGCCGCCACCCACGCUGCCUCUGCCACCAGCUCCCUCGCCUCCAACGCCAACUACGCCUCGGCCUUGGACCUCCACGCCCACAUCAAGCGUCUGCACACGCUGUACCCCGCCUCGCAGCUGGUCGCCUCCCUCGCCCGCCAGGCAGAGCAAGAGAUGAAGACCAUGACCACGAACCUCAUCGCCUCUCUGCAGUCGCAAGGCAUCAAGCUAGCAGCUGCCAUGCGCACCGUCGGCUGGCUGAGACGUGUCGCGCCCGAGCUCGACGAAGCCUGGCCCACCAAGCAGACGGGCAUCGGCAGUGGUGAGGGCAGCGUGGGUGCUCUCUUCCUCGUAUGCAGGCUGGCCUGUCUAGAGUCGAUGCUGGGUGCCCUCGACCCUCUACGCGAGCUCGCAGACCACGAGACCGACCGACGCCUGGGCGCAAACGCAAACAUCGACCGAGGCUGGUCGGUCGGCCAACAAACCGAAAAGUACCUGAAAAAGUACCUCGAAGUCUUUCGUGAGCAGAGUUUCGCCGUCAUCUCCAUGUACAAGAGCAUCUUCCCAUCAGCGCUGCCUGCGCCCGCCGCCGACGACGCUGCGCCUGCCGUCAAGCCCGUGGCCGAAGCAAACCCACUGCAGCCCAUACCCUCGGCGCUGGCGACCUUCCCCUUGCACCUCGUAGAGAUGCUCUUCGAUACAUUGCGCGCGUACCUUCCAAAUGUCCGAGAUCGCUCAGCCAGAGACUCGCUGCUGACCCAGGUCUUGUACUGCGCUGGCUCGCUCGGCAGGCUUGGCGGAGACUUCAGCAUGAUGAUCGCUCUGCUCGAGGAGGAUCUCAAGGCCGAGCUGGAAAACCAGGACGACGCAACUUCCGAGGCACAGGAGACAGAGGAAGAGUGGGUGGACGUCAUGAAGAAGCACCGCGUGCAGGCUUCCAGGCUGGAACUACUAGCCUCGGGGGUAGGCACUGGCAGGACGAGCAGUCCCGUGGAGAGAGUCGUCAGCCCGCUCAAAUGA